CCCGACAAAAUGGUUAGGAAAACGCUGCUCCUGCUGGCCAGUGUGCUGCUCUUUGCCUUUGGAGGUGCCCACCGGGAACUGGAGAAUCUGCUGCAGAAGCAACAGGUGGACUUGCAGUUGUCCAGCGAUGAAGUGGCUGCACUGCGUCCACUUUACCUUGAGUUCCAGGCGCAGUACGACUACCUGUACAGCCUGAAGCUCCAGAGCGGCGAUGGAAGUGACCAGAGUCCGGCGGAGGAACCUGAAUUGGAUGGCAGCUACCUGCAGGCCUUUGAGGACUUUCGCAGUCAGUUUGGCAUUUAUCUGGAUGAUAAACCUCGAGUGACCUAUGACACCAAACUGCCCUCCGUGGAGGAGAUAAUGGGAGAGCCCUAUCCCGAUUUUAGCCCAGAUCAGAGGGCGGAAUUCGAAGAUCUCAGGGACAUAAUCCAGGAUGUGAUUGAUGAGGCGCAGUUCGGAAUUGACGACAUAGUGGAGCGGGCCAUCCAACUGGAGACGAAUCUGCUGAAGCUCAACAAGCCCAAGAUUGUGACCGCCGCCAUUGCCGGUUUGGGGUACAUGUGGAAAUACUGGGGUCGUGGCAGUCAGGCGGCCUACUGCAGCUACUCCCAAGUUCCGGAGUUCCAGAUAGCCCUGCAGGCCGUCAACGAUGGCGUUGAUUGCUACUCCCGCACCUUGGCCUUGGUCCUGCGCAUCCAGAAUGAGACGGUGGCCGCCGUGAAGGAGGUGAAGCGCAAUGUGGGCAGCCUGGUGAAGAUCUACAAGAAGAUCGCCGCCAAACAAACCACCGUGGGCAAGAUCCUCUCCGGGACAGUGAAUGCUCUGAGUGCCAUUCGUCGGGUUCACGACAUCAUCGCCGUUGGAAUCGACGUUUACGGCAAAAUUAACAACAAAUUGCCAGAAGAGGCACUCCACUCCGCGGAAUGUGGAGUAGUCUUUGUGAACAGCAUACCACAGAUGUUGGAAACGGCAGAGAAUCUGACGACAUGCAUCACCUACGUGAAUCCGGAUACAGCCGACUUCGAGUUCACCCAUCCGGAGGAGGAUCGCUACUGGAACACCGGCGCGGAACCUCCGGAAAUACCCCACGAAAACGAGGUGGAUGAGGAUGACGAUGAAGACUACCCGGAGUUGGACGACUAUGAGGAUCACAGAUAAGCUUGUGGAAUUUCCACCGAUUGAUAAGCGUUGUUUUGCUAAUCGGAAUAAUAAACCUCCAGAUAACAGUAAU